AUGCCAAGACAAAAGCAAGGAAAACGAAAAACUAAAGGAGUACCCCUGCCCAUUGUUUCCAUUCUUCAAAAGUUCCUGAAAACAUACGAGAAGCAUUGUGUACAGACUCAGACGUCUGUGUGUCCAGCCAUCAAAAGGGACUUGAAAGCCAGCAUCAACCAUGAACGGAUUCUCAGGAAGUUUGUACUGGUAAGACCUGAUGACUCCCCGCCAGGCAUCCUACCUAUUUCCUUGGAACCUUUGCUCGUGACUGUUCGGGAUGAGUGUUACAUGCUGGGGAGAGAGAUCUGCAUCUGGGGCUUUCAGCUGAGCAACCCAGAGAUCGCCAGACUUGCUUUGCUUCUAGAAUCGAAGGGGCACACCCCCUGCCCGUUUACUACCCUGGAACUCAUUGACUGCAAGAUGGAUCCAUGGUCUCUGGGGAGACUUGGGCAGGCUUUGCAUCUCAGCAGUCUUCAUGUUCUUGUCCUCGACUACUGCAAAUUUACACAUGAAGAAAUUGAGAGUAUUUUCUCAGGCCUGGAGAACAACCAAAGGCUUCAAAGACUCAGUCUGCGCUACUGUGGUCUGGGGCCACAGAAUGGACCGAGGCUGGGCUCCAUCGUAUGCCACAGUGCCAUUCGUGAGCUGCACCUCAGUGGCAAUUACUUGCAAUGUUCUGGAGCUCUGGGUCUCCUCAGACCCCUGGCAGAGUAUGCAGAGAUGCAGGGGAAAGACCAACUGGUCACUUCUUCACCAGACGCCAGGAACCCCCCUCAGCUGCUCCAAGCCAUACAGAGAGGAAGUUCAACUUUGAACCAGAUUACAGAGUCAUCCAGGGCUGUAACAGUGAAAACUACCUCAGGGAAGAAGAGAAAAAAAGGAAUCAAGAAAAAAAUUAAAGAUUUGAUUGAAACUGGUCCUUGGUUAGUAAAGCUGUAUUUGGCAGAUAAUGGCAUAGAUGGAAAGGGAAAAGAAGGAGAAAAUGACUUGUUGGAAUUCACUCAAAUAUUAACAUGCCUGAUCAAAUACUCUGCCCACUUAAAGGAGAUUGACCUUGGAAACAAUGUCCUGGGAGAAAAGGCUGCUGUUGACCUACUUGAAGCACUGAGAGCCAGAAAGACAGGUAAACUGCCAGUCUUAAAAAUUACAGUCACUCCCCAGAUCUCUUCAGACACCUUCAGAUCUAUCUGGAAAAACAGCAAGAAAUCUAGUAUUACUCAUAAAAAGAAGAAAAAGGUAUGCUUUUGGCUAUCUAUGCCUGUGAGUAGCAUCCACCAGGGGGCACUGCUAAAAACUGAAUAUGAAUACCAUAUAUCCAUAUGGAUUCUAUUUCCAUGGACAACUAGAUGUGCCUGGAAAAAUAUUGCUUGUACUAUAAUAAUAUUUUUCACUGUAACCAAGCCCCUUUCAAGUUCUAA